UUUUGUUUUGAUGAAAUUUUGCGCGCGCUCGUCUUCCAAAUUUCACCGUUCGUUUCUUCGCGGAUCGCGAGAUGAAUUUUUAUCCGCUGAUUUCUUGCUAGCAAAUUGCAUUUUAUUGUGAGUCGUGUCGAUAGCAGCUGAUAAUCUUAUGAUGAACUAGAACUAGUGCCCAUUGCUCAAGCUGCAGCCAUGGAAGACCCGGUGUUUCGAACCAAGUACCGAAAGUACAAGUUCAUUGUGAAAAACUGGGAGCGGAAGUUUCGCAAGCAGCACGGCCGGAUUCCUUCGAAGCACGACAUUCGGGAUUCCACUGUGGACGUUCGAAAUGCGUACAAAAUGUACUACAAGUUGAAAACUUCGCUUCUGGAGGAUACCCUGCAGGAUGCGCUGCUCGACGAUGACGAUUUCGACAGUUCGUUGAUAUCGCAGAUGGAGGGCACUUUGUCCCAGGAUUGUUCCAUAGGUGCGUUUUCCAAUUUGAGCGAUCUGUCGUCGGCCAAUGUUUCGAUUAGUGCUCUUCUGACGGAUCAGAUCGAUGGUCGGGUAACCGAGUUUGAAGCGGUCGAACAAUCCGAGCAGAAUGCCAACGCGUGGAAUCUACCCCGAAAGAAGGCCGAUGUUCCGGAGAAACAGAAAGAGCAACCGGUGAGCAAACCCAAAGCAAAAGCUCCGACAAAGCUCAUGAUGGAAGCUUCAGCGGUCAUACCUAAGCGAAACCCUCGAAAGUCGCUUUCCAGCUUGCGGUUGUCUCAAUCGGGGUCAUCGUUCAGUUCACCGUCGAUGGCUAGCUGGAAGGAUUCCCUACCCGAUUUGGAAACACUCCUGUAUGAAAGGUCCAAACAAUCUGUUGAAGUAUCACCGUCUCAAGAGCAAUGUUCACAAAAGCAAAGUACGUCCGGCAACGAGAGCCAGGUGGACUCCAAGGGCUUAGUGAACGAGCUGGAUGAACGAUGGCUCACCCGACAGGGCAUGGAUGCCGGGUCUCUGACCCCUGUGAGCAGUGCAAGUGGUCAGGCUAAAAAGUUUGGCCUGAGAAAUAUCAGUGGUAUUUCCGUCUCGGACGUUUCCGCUCCGGUGGACACUUCCAACAGUUUUGGGAUAUCGUCGCUCAGUAUGACCUCGUUUGCAAGUGAAGCGCCAGGAUCAGAGCUGGAACAACCAAAUCAGACUCAACAGGUUGUUAGCGCUCAGAACACUGCGUACGAUCGUGCGGUUCAAUCCGAUUCCGACGGGGUGGUGGAAAACAGCGAGGACGAAGCGACCAGUGCGAAUAGUUCUUUCAACACUUCGGGAGCAAUUCGACACGUGGCCAAGAAGCGUAAGGUUUUCACCAGCGUCAAUUUGAAGGCGGACCCGAAGGUCAAUCAGGCGGUGGUGGUGAUGGCCAACGAUUUGAAGAAAGAUGUACCGACUGAAGUUCCACCGGUAGAAGUGGGUAUUGGGGUGGAGAACAAAGACCCGGAAAUAAAGGUAGACCUUCCCGUAGAAAGUGACGAGCCGAAGACUAAACGCGCACGCAAGAAGGCUCCCGCGAAGGCUAAGGCUAAGAAGACGGUUCAGCCCAAGAAGGUCCCUGUUCGCCGUACAACCCGGGGUCGCAAACCGGUCCAAUACACCCAGCAUGCCGGAAGCGAGGAAGAAACGGGCGAUUUUGAUCCGGAUGAUGAGGACAAAGAUCCGGACUUCAAAGAACAAGCAGAAGAAACGCGUUCAUUGCAUGACGAAGAAGAACAAGAACAUCAAAUGGAACAGACGGUGCCGGAGGAUACGGUAUCGACGGCGAAGCCCGCAAGAAAGACCACCGCAGCGAGGAAGUCCAGAGCGAAACAGCCCGCUGCUCCGGCGGGAGAACGGAAACGGCGUUCCGGCAGCACCAAAAAGAGUCCGUCGGCACCAAGAAUUGGUGGGAAUACGGGGAAAAGAAAGAAGCGAGUGGCCAGGCAGCCGGCCGCCAAGGUUGUUCCUUCGAAGGAGGAGGCCGCUAAGGAAGACGGUUUUGAUGAUUACGUACUGGAAUUUGGCAUUGAAAGCUUGAACAACGCUCCUAGGGUCGACAUCAGAGAGUUGAUCAAGAGUACCCAGGCGGUGGAGAGUUUUAUCCAAGGAGUUCCGGUGAAAGCUGCCAAGAGUAAGAAAUUGGACGAAGAAGAGGUGGUAACUGCGAAGGAAGCGGCCUUUAGGAAGAAAGUCGCUGCAGGGAAGCAAAACGAGAACUUUGUUCGAUUGGACCUCCGGAAGAAGGUCUUUGCCCGUGGCAAGAAGACGAUGAACUUCAGCAAAUAUAAGAAAAACUUGUGGAAAAAGAAGAAAGCUGCGGCUUUGUGUGGUCCAGACAUGGACAUGGGAGGUUGCGAUGGAGGUGUGCUGACUUGCUUCCAGUGCGGUGGGGUUGGCCACAUGGCCAGGCAGUGUAAAGUGAAAGGAGAGCAAUUGCUACCGCUGGAUGUGGAUGCAACUGAGGAAUCGCCGUUUCCAACUUUGGAAGAAGUCGAAAGUAUGGCCAAGGCACAAUCGCUGGCGGUUCAUUCUAACAAAAUCGACAAACUUCCGGCUGUGAACAAUCCUCUGUGGAAGUUAGACGACACGGAAUCCACCCCAGAUCUGGAGCCGGAUAGUGAAUACGAAGAUCUUCCGGAGGAGCCCGCUGCGCCCGCUGAAACAAAACCUAGUUAUAUUGGUCACGUGAUUCCACAGGACUUCUUGAAAAAGUCCGGUAUUCUGGAACUCACCGUCAGCAACAAGGAUAAAAUUGGUCCCCUCUACCAGUUGAAUCCGGAUGGGUCCCUACCGGCAACUCCGAAGGCAGUGUUCGACGCCCUGAAAAUGUUUGGCCACCAGCAGUUCCGCUCUGGACAGGAGCGAGCCGUUAUGCGAGUUCUUUGCGGAAUGUCCACGCUGGUGACCUUGAGCACCGGGUCGGGAAAAUCGUUGUGCUAUCAAUUGCCGGCCUAUCUCUACCGGAAGCACCGGAAGUGUGUCACUCUGGUAAUAUCGCCGUUGGUAUCUUUAAUGGAGGACCAGGUACACGGAGUGCCCGAUUUCCUGAACGCCCAGUGCUUGCACAUGAACCAGUCGCCCAAGGUUCGCGCGAGAACGAUGGAUGCCAUCGCAAACGGUGAGUUGGACGUGCUACUCAUUUCACCGGAAGCGGUCGUGUCCGGCGAGAAGUCGACCGGGUUUGGAUCGUUGUUGCGGCAGCUGCCACCGAUUGCGUUCGCCUGUAUUGAUGAAGCCCAUUGCGUGUCCCAGUGGAGUCACAACUUCCGGCCGAGUUACCUCAUGAUUUGCCGGGUUCUCAAAGAAAAGCUUGGAGUGCAAACAAUUCUAGGCCUAACGGCUACGGCAACCGUUCAAACUAGACUCAGCAUCGUCGAGCAUUUGGCCGUACCGGACGGAACCAACGGCAUCAUCAGUGAUAUACCCCUCCCGGACAACCUGAUCCUAACGGUUUCGAAAGACGCCAACCGGGAUUCAGCUCUGCUGAAUUUGCUGCAGUCCAAUCGGUUCGCAGAGCUUCAUUCAAUCAUCAUCUACUGUACUAGGCGGGACGAGUGCGAACGGAUUGCAUCGUUCCUGCGGACUUGUUUCCAGGAUGCGCAGCGAGCAGCAGAAGCCAAAGCGGCCGCAUCGGCAACGGCAUCCCGGAAAAGAAAGAAGCUGAACUACACGGCUGAACCGUACCACGCCGGGUUGUCCUCGGCCCGGAGACGAACCAUCCAGAAUGCGUUCAUGAGCGGAGAGUUGCGGAUUGUGGUGGCCACCAUCGCUUUCGGAAUGGGCAUCAACAAGGCGGACAUUCGGGCCAUCAUUCACUACAACAUGCCGAGGAACUUCGAAAGUUACGUGCAGGAAGUGGGUCGUGCCGGUCGCGAUGGAGGUGCUUCGCACUGUCACGUGUUCCUGGAUAACCGCGGCAAGGACCGGAACGAGCUCCGGCGACACAUCUAUGCCAAUUCGAUCGACCGGCAUGUGAUCCGGAAGCUGUUGCAGAAGAUCUUCGUACCGUGCGCUUGCGUGAGGAACUUCAAGGAUGAGAAGUUUUCCGAAGAACACAGAAAACAAAUUGAAGCACUGAAAGACAUCAGCUGGACUGAUGAUUUCGAGGAAACAACCCAAGCAAAUCCCAGCAACAACGCAGCGUCACCGGUUAAGAGCAAAAGGGUCUGUCCAGGCCAUGAAGCAUGCUUUUCCAUAGAAUCGACCGUCCAACAGUUGGACAUCCCGGAGGAGAACAUCGAAACACUGCUGUGCUAUUUGGAACUGCACGAACAGCGCUACAUACAUGUGCUGAGUAAAGCGUACGUGAUGUGCAAGGUGAUGUCCUAUGCGGGACCGAAAGCGCUCAGGAAUGCUGCCAAGAAUUGUCCACCUUUGGCGAUGGCAAUUGCUCUGGAGUUGAAAAAGGGUAACGCCGAAGCCAGCUCCACUUUCAUCGAGUUUCCGGUGAUUGAUGUUGCUUCCGCUAUCGGUUGGGACAGUGGGGUGGUCAAGUUUCAGCUGAAGAAUCUCGAGUGGACGAUCGAAAACAACACCCGGACACGAACCCCCAUUAGCGUAAGUUUUUCGGAUCUGGGCUUCCGGAUCAGAGCUCCCGGUGAUCUCACCGACGACGAGUUGGACAAAACGCUGGAUACGUUGUACGCACGGGUAUCCGGUCAGGAGAGGGCUCAACUGGUUCAGCUCCAGUGCAUAUCGAAUGCGCUCUCAUCGGUUGCGUUUCAAACGUAUCUUCCCAUCAGUGGGGCGGAGUGUCCCGAGGGACCGUCAGGAAAGCUAAAAACCAUCGUUCGCCAGUACUUCCAAACGGACAUUAGCAACGAGGAAGUCGAACUGAUGCCAGAGCUGGACGACAUACCGGAUGCCCAGCUGCUGAACGACAUCCGGACGUUGAUCCAUCGCUAUCCGCAGAACAACUUCAGCGGCCGAGCGGUGGCGCGCAUUUUCCACGGUGUCCAAAGUCCCAACUAUCCGGCCGUCAUCUGGUUCCGGUGCCAGUUUUGGCGAGCCCACACCUGUGUCGACUUCAACCGGAUCGUGCGCAUGGCCAAUGCGGAACUUGUGCGCAUGCAAACGUGAGCAUGUGGUGGGCGCCAACGUCGAAGUGUGAGCGUGUGUGAUUUGUUAUCGUGAAUUGUGAUUUAUUGUUUUACUCUGACUACUAUACGUUUGGAUUAGCUUCCGGCGGAUACCUAAAUAGAAAUAUGAACAGCUUAGUCUGUGACGAAGCUUUAGUUAUAACCGUUUAUUAAACCUUACACCAUUAGACUGCUUGUUUUCGUUCUAGGUCAAUUAGAAAAUUUCAUGGCGCUAAUAAUCAAGAACAUUAA